AUGACGAAACUGAGGACUGGAAGCGGGAGGGCGAUUCUGGCCCGGCCUGUGGGGCUGUCGUUCGGGCUGCUGAGGGUGUUCAGCGUCGUCAUCCCCUUCCUCUACGUCGGGACGCAGAUCAGCAAGAACUUCGCGGCCCUGCUGGAGGAGCACGAUAUCUUCGUCCCGGAGGACGACGACGACGACGAUUAA